AUGAAAUCAGUCUUGCUUGCGCUUGCGCCCAUGGGAGCCGCGGCGCUUGCUGUCUCGCCUCCUGUAUAUCCAACCCCACAAGCAAGGGGCCACGGCCAAUGGGCAGACGCCUACGUCCAGGCCCGCGCAUUCGUAGCCCUGAUGAGCCUCGGAGAAAAGGUCAACAUCACGCGCGGCUUCGCCGACCCGAGCAACACCUGUGCCGGCAACACCGGAUCCGUGCCGCGCCUCAACUGGCAUGGCCUGUGUCUCAUGGACGCGGGCAACGGCGUCCGCGCGACAGACAUGGUGAGCGCCUGGGCCUCGGGCCUUCACGUCGGCGCCAGCUGGGACAGGAACCUCACCUACGAGAGGGGGCUGUGGAUGGCGAGGGAGUUCAAGGCCAAGGGCGUGAAUAUCGCGCUUGGUCCCAACGCCGGUCCCCUGGGCAGAACUCCUCUCGGCGGCAGAAACUGGGAGGGCUUCUCGGUCGAUCCCUAUCUCGCGGGGGCGUUGGGCGCCGAGACCAUCACGGGCAUGCAGGAGGCCGGUGUCAUGGCGAACCUCAAGCACUUCAUCGCCAACGAGCAAGAAACAUAUCGCCGCCCCUAUUUCGGCGUGGAGGCAGUUUCGUCCAAUAUCGAUGACAAGACGCUCCACGAGUACUACCUCUGGCCUUUUAUGGAUGGCGUCAAAGCCGGCGCCGCGUCCGUCAUGUGCUCCUACAACAGGAUCAACAACACGUACGGCUGCGAGAACAGCAAACUCAUGAAUGGCAUUCUCAAGGGUGAAUUGGGCUAUCAGGGAUUCGUCAUGCUCGAUUGGAACGCGCAGCACAAUUUGAACAGCGCAAACGCGGGCUUGGAUAUGCUCAUGCCCCUGGGUGGCUCCUGGGGGGACAACCUGACCGAGGCGGUGCGCAACAACACAGUCAAGGAGGCGAGGGUCACCGACAUGGCUACAAGGAUUCUCGCGGCGUGGUACCUCGUCGGGCAGGACGAGGGCUUCCCGACGCCAGGAAUCGGCAUGAAGAAGCUCACCGAGCCCCACGAGCCGGUUGACGCCCGCGACGCCCGGUCGAAGCCUGUCCUCUUGGAGGGCGCUAUUUCGGGACACGUGCUCGUCAAGAAUGACAACCACGCGCUCCCGUUCACCAAGCCUCUGCGGAUGGUGUCCGUGUACGGGUACGACGCCGCCGUCCCCGCGACAAAGAACACAGACGUGCUUUUUCAGCUGGGCUACUACUCCUCCAAGGAGAUGGGGCAGGCUGUCCUCGGAAAGGACUACCACUUCGACCAGGCGGCCAGGGGAGGCACGAUUAUCUCCGGGGGGCGCGCUGGCUCCAACGCUCCAGCGUAUAUCAGCGACCCGCUGAGCGCUAUUCAGCAAAGAGCCCAAAAGGACAACACCUGGGUGAACUGGGACCUGGCAUCCGACAACCCCGACGUCAACGGCGCCUCGGAAGCCUGCCUCGUCUUCAUCAACGCCAUGGCUACAGAAGGCUGGGACCGCGACGGCCUCCACGACGACCCGAGCGACGCCCUCGUGAACAAUGUCGCCUCCAAAUGCGCCAACACGAUUGCCGUCGUCCACGCGGCCGGGAUCCGCCUCGUGGACCGGUGGAUCGAGCACCCCAACGUGACGGCCGCCAUCAUCGCCCACUUGCCCGGGCAGGAUGGCGGCGCGGCCCUCGUCAAGCUGCUGUACGGAGAGGCCAACUUCUCCGGCAAGCUGCCGUAUACCCUGGCCAAGAACGAGUCCGACUACGCCGUGUAUGCGCCCUGCGGCCGGGGGCCCGACAACACCACCAGCCCGCAGUGCGACUUUACCGAGGGCGUGUACCUCGACUACAGGGCGUUUGACGAGGGCAACGUCACGCCCCGGUACGAGUUUGGCUACGGGCUGAGCUACACCACCUUUUCCUAUGGCGGUGUCGAGCUCUGGCAGGACGAGGGACUUGUCGAGUCUGCCGGCGAUGCUGGUGAUUUGUGGGAUGUUGUCGCUAGGGUGAGCACCACGGUGACCAAUACUGGUUCCGUGGCGGGCGAGGAAGUCGCCCAGCUGUACUUGGGGAUUCCUGGCGCUCCGCCGAAGCAGCUCCGCGGGUUUGAAAAGGCGCGGCUGGCGCCGGGGCAGUCGGCGACGGUCGAGUUUGGCCUUACCAGGCGGGAUCUGAGCGAGUGGCAGGUCGCAAGGCAGCGGUGGGUGGUGCAGCGCGGAGAGUACGGGGUAUUUGUCGGGGCGAGCAGCCGCGAUAUUCGGUCCACUGCGUCGAUUGUGGUGCCUGGACGGAUGGAGAGAGGGCGUGCCGAGACGCCGAGCAGGAUCGCGGCGCCGUUCAUUAUGAAGAGCAAUGGACGCUACUAG